AUGACUAAAGAGGAUGUCAGGGCUUCAGGCACCCCAUUCUCACUCUCUUUUUCUGGCAGUGGCUUCCUCGUCUUGUAUCAGGUAGGAGUGGUGCAGUCCUUCCUGGAGCUGGCUCCAGAGCUGCUCAGGUCAGCGUGCAAGGUCUAUGGGUCAUCUGCCGGAUCUCUAAUCGCAGCGGCUGUGGUGUGCGGCACCAACCUCGAUGACCUAAAAGAAUUCUUCUUUGCAAGUGCAAAGGAAGUCAGGAACACCAUCCUGGGUCCUCUUUCUCCUAAGUGCAGCCUGCUGGCAAAUAUCAAGGCUGUUUUACAGAGGAUUCUACCAGAGAACUCCCAUCAAGUGGCUUCGGGGAGGCUGCAUAUCUCCCUCACACGGGUGGUAGAUGGCCAGAACGUCAUGGUUUCUGAGUUCAGCUCCAAGGAGGAACUCAUUCAGGCUCUCCUCUGCAGCUGCUUUCUUCCUAUCUACUGUGGAUUCAUCCCUCCAUCCUACCGAGGUGUGCGAUAUGUUGAUGGAGGAUUCACCAGCCUGCAGCCUGUUUCCAGCUUGGAGGAAGCUGUGAUCACUGUGUCCCCAUUCACAGGAGAGCUUGAUAUCUGUCCACGGGACUGUCCUGCUAUCUUCUUCUGUUUCCAGAUCUUUAAUGGCAGCAUUCAGAUCUCAAUAGAAAAUCUGUGCAGGAUUAGCUACGCUCUCUUUCCACCUAGCUCCACAGUCUUGUACGACAUUUUUUCCCAAGGGUAUCAGGAUACUGCUCUUUUCCUGUACAGGAAUGAUGCCUUCGGCACAAACUAUUUCGACGGCAACUUCCGAUUUGCCAGCAUGUGUGGGAAAAAUGACCUGUCACAAUCCAGUGGGACAUUGAACAGCCUACACAAAAGAGCACCAUGGCACCUGACACCACACUUCCUUCCAGAGCCAGAAGACCAGGGGUAUUAUGAGCUAUUUUAUUUCUUAUCAGUGCCACCAGUGCUCUUUGGCAACCACGGGCAGUAG